GAUAAACUACAAACGAAAAAGACUUCGAACGUCGAAUUGUAGUGUUAGCGGAAAAAUAAACUCAAUGCACUUUUUAAUCCAACUUUAAAAAAUAGUGAAUUAAAAUAAGUUGUGAAAAAUAAAUACUUGCAAAAGUUACUUACAGUGUCAAAUAAUUAAUUAAGUUAUAUUUCAAAUCAGUGUGUAAAGCGUAAAGUUGAUAAUUCAGUGAAAAAAUAAUACGGCUUGCAAUCGAAGUAUGAAAGAAGGUGUGAAAAUCAAUAACAAAGCAAAAUCGGGAAAAAGUGCAUUUCUACUGGAGCGAAUUGGUUAGUUGUUACAAUUGGAUAGUGUUUGUUUCAAAGCAAUACGUUCAGUGUUAAUUCAUAACUAAUUGGAAUAUAUUGAAUCCUAAUAGGAAUGUACAAAGUGUGUAGUUAAUUUAAGUCUUCGAUGUGCGGAUAAGUCAAGAUUAGCUAACGCGUUUUUCAAUCCGGUACGGGCGUUGGUAUGAGUAUUCUUUUAAUGAGAACAAGCAGUCCAUGAGUUUGGUUAUUUCAUUGUGUUUCAACAAUACUUUUGUUGUUUUUCACAAUGUUCAUUGCGUCCCGGCUUCCGUGAUGUGAAUUCAUUAUUUUUCAUUUCCCCUAUGUAUUUGAAUGUAUAUAAAAGUUUAAUGACGGUGCUUUGUUGCGUUGCAUUGAAUUGUUUUCCAGCUAAAGAAACGUAGAUAUUACCUUUACUUUAAAAUUUUUAUUAGAAGUUAAAAAAAGCGAAAAGCACAAUUUAUGUAAUAAACAAAAAGCCAACAAAAUCAAAGUGAUUUGACCAAAGCGUCACAGUCUUAAAAGCAAAACUGUAAAUAAGGUCAAAGCAGAACCACCAACUUGUUUUGCUUAGUGGACGAACAAAUGAAGUGGUGAUUCAUUGUCGUAUAGUCGCACUAAACUACAACGAACGUUUAUAUUAUUCAUACGCUACGAAACUGGGUAAAAAACAGGCAGCGUGUCAACCAGUAACAAAAACGGCUAGUGGUCCGGUGUACUUUAUACAAUAUUACGACAUAAAACAACAAACUUUUGCAAGAUUCUGGUAUUGCGGCCACUUCUUUUGAUUUUUGUGUGUAAACUCACUGCUGUAAAGACUUCAGUUACCACAUUCAUACAAUAUGGACGUUGCAUCGCGAGGAGUUUCCGCCAUUGUUGAGUAUGAUUACGAGGCCAAGGAACCCGAUGAGCUGGACUUAGUCAAAGGCGCGCUCAUACACAACAUUAAACAGAUGCCAGGCGGCUGGUGGGAAGGCACACUGCAAUCCAACGGCAAAAUCGGCAUGUUUCCGGAUAAUUUCGUGCGGAUUAUUGAUAACAGCGACGAAAAUAAAAUCACAAUGAGAGAGAAGUCCGCAACAGCCAAUCGCCGCUGUAAAGUCAUCUUCAGCUACACACAAGUCAAUGACGACGAACUGUCGCUGGCCGUGGGUGAUGUCAUUGAAUUCCUUGGGGAGGUCGAGGAAGGCUGGUGGCGUGGACGUUUAAAAAGCAAAGUCGGCGUAUUUCCAUCAAAUUUCGUUACCGUUAUUGAGCCAUCACCUAUUUUUGCCAGUAAGCGACCAGCAGUCGGUCCUGGUGCUGCCACAUCAAUAGCUGCAAAAUCAGCGGUGACCACAACAACAGCAUCUGUCGAGAAGUCGACAGUCGGCGCCAGUAGUUCCAUAACGUCAAGCACAAGCACUGCAAUCGCCACCAGUUCAACAACGAAGAAAAUGAAUCGCAUUAGUUUUCACAGUUCCAAAGAGGAUCUAUUGAAUAGCAGUAGUGUUAGUAGUAAUUCCGGCGCGACAAGCACAAGUAAUGUCGCUGUGGAUGAGAUUGCGCCAUCGUUGCCACCGAAACCGCAACGGGAAUACUGUCGCGUUGAGUUCCCGUAUACGCCACAAAAUGACGAUGAGCUGGAGUUGAAAGUUGGCGAAAUCAUCACCAUCAUCAGCAUGGAAUUGCCGGAUAAAGGCUGGUGGAAGGGUGAACUGCAUGGCAAAGUUGGUGUAUUUCCUGAUAAUUUCGUUAAACUGCUAGAAGCCGAUGCAGUGCCGGAAAGAUCAUCCAUUGAAAUUUUAGGCUCGCGCAUGGCCAACUUUAUCAAUACGUUCAUUUUUACAUCGCUGAGCGACUCACAACAUCCACAGCGUACUGCCAAAGCAACAAAUGCUACAGCCACCGCCAACGCUAACACAGCACAACAGUUAAAAUCAGCCACCGGUGCGGCAGCCACAUCGGCGGCAGCACACAGCACAGCUGCCACAUCGAAGGUGUUCAUCAAGAAGUCGGGCAGUAAUUCGUCGACGCAAAGUUCAAAUCGCUUGCAGAGCGGCAAUGUUGCCGCACAACGCAAAUCGUUGGAGAAUAAAAAUCUAGAUUUGACGGCGAAUGCGGCGGACGCCAGCAGCCGCUUGGCAUUGAAAAAGCAACAAUUACAGCAGCAACAACAGCAGCAGCAGCAGCAGCAACAGCAACACUCACAGGAGACAAAGACCAUAUUGACAAAUAACGGUAGCAUUACAACAACGACCACAACAACAAGCAGCAUGUCGUCGAGCUCCGCCGCAGUCACAAAUGAAUUGCGCAAGAGCUUGGAGAGCCUGGAUGAGAAGACGAAGACACCACCGCCAGUGCUGACGAAGAAGCCCACCGUGACCACGAAGAAACCAUCGAGCGUUUCGGGUGUUGCUAGCAAUCUUUUCGGUUUUGGCAAGCAAAAGACGAAAGGCACCGACAGCAAACUCACCACAGCUGCUUCACAAGACUUUGCCGACGGCAUGGGCAGCAGCAAGAUGUCGGCGAGUAGCCAUGGCGAGGCAGUAGUGAUGCGCCGCGCCGCCACUAUAGCGGUUGAAGACUCCGAUUUCGAUCGGCUAGAACGCGCCUCCAUAUUACCCGACAUGCGCGCGGGUCGUGUAAAGGCGCCCAAGCGGAGACCACCUUCGGCAGCCAUCAAUAUUAUCGGCGAAAGCAAUAAUAACAACACAAUUUACCUCAAUGGUAGUAGCAGCGGUGGUGGUGCAUCCGGUGGCGAACUCUCACAAGAAGAAGGCAAACUACACUCCUCCGAUGAUAAUUCCACCGGCGAGGAGCCCUUAGCCAAACCGAAACCACGCGAAUGGGAAAAGAAAAAGGCACCUUGGAUGGAGGAGCUGAAAGCAACGCAAGUGAAAAAGAAGACAUCACCCAGUGUAGAACCACGCACGCAAGCGCCCACUAGCGCGUCAGCCGACCGCACAUCACGCCUACUUGGCGAUGAUGUCAAAGUGACGAACAGCAGUCACAACUUUGCCAGCUCCACCGCCAACACGGCCAGCGCAAGUCACAGUAGCAGCAGUCACAGUAGUAGCAGCAACACAGCCAGUAGCUCCAGCACCACCACCACAAAAGUACAGUCAUCCUCCUCGGUUACGUCGAGCGUCAUGCAGCAAUCGAUGACUGUCGAGAGUAGUCAACAACUAUUGAAGAAGGAAUUAAAUUCAAAUACUAUUGCUGACAUCAUGACCAAAAGUAUGAGCAAUAAAUUCACCACUGACUCAUCACUAACGGCUGCGACGACAGCAGCACCGAGCGCCGUCGAAGAUGUGCGCAUACGACCUAACAGCCUUUCGAUACGCAAUCGCAGUAUGUCACCUUCGCUGUUGGACAGUGGCAGUAGUGGUGGUGGUGCGCGCACAACGGCAAUGAAGAGCAACACUACUCCAGCACCGACAGUUGUCAGUGAGCCCAGCUCCAAUGGCAUCGCUCCUUCAGCCGCUACAAGCGCAACUCUAGCGGCGGCAACCACGGCAGCGACAGCGGCGUCCAGCCAAAAUUCAAUCGGUGCUAAUAAUCAUUAUCAGCCGCGUACCAGCAACACCGCGGCGCCUGUAGGCGGUGAUAAUACGCGUAUAGGCGAACUGGAGCGGCGUGUGGGCAAAUUAGAGCUGACGGUGGUGUCACAACAGCGUACCAUCGAUGAGCUGAUGCGCUUGCUGCGCGAGGAGACGGAUCGUGUGAAGGUUCUACGCGGCGAACUGGACAAAUAUGCGCAACAACAACAGGCAACACGUCGGGGCAAAUUCGAUAAUUGGAUGUUUUAAAACGCGUUGCGCUUUUCGUUGGAAUAUUUGCUUAAGUAAUUGUGCUGAAAGGGUGUGACCUACAAUAAUACUGAAUGUAAAUGUUUGAAAUAAAACACUUUCAGUUUAAAUGUUAAAUUCUUAUUUUUAUUUAUUCUAACUAUAUAGGAACAAUGUAAGACAUUAUUAUAAAUAAUAUUAAUACCAAAGUUCAAAGUAAUAAAAGUACGAUUUAUUUGUAAUCUAUUUGAAUUAAUUAAAUAGUUCUGACAAUCUGUUAACUUAAAAAACAAAAACAAAAUAUUACAGUAGCUAUUUAAAGUGGAGUUAAAAACUAUUACAGCAAUUAUGAAAUAUAUAUUUUUUAUUAAAAUCUGUUUUUAGAAAUAAAAACAUAAAAUAAUUACACAUUUAAAGAGGGUUUAAUCUUAAAAAAUAUAAUAUACAUUACUGAAAGUUAUACAUACAGGAAUAUUUAUUAAAAAUACAAACAAUAAAAGCUGAUUAAUUAAAUUUUCGCCCAAAUAUUAUUUAACUUGUAAACAUGCAUCAUGAUUUCGCAAAUAAACUAUACAAAUAUUGAUAUAUUAAUAUGAAAGGGAAAUUGCUUGCCAAACUUUCAAUAUGUAGAUAGAUUCAGAAAAUUAUAAGGCUCCUAUAUAAGUUUGCUUUUUAAGUUGAGUUUUGAUCAUUUACUAUAACCCGUUCUCCAGCAAGAGGUCAUAACAAGGACACUCAAAAUGUUUUCCCAUCACAAACCCGGUUAUAUUUCACAAGUUCUCAGGAUUCGUUCAUAAUUAGUCAUUGCUAGGAAAAUAAAUAUUGGCCAGAAACGUAGAUGCUGAAAUCUUAAAGUCUUAUUAUCUUAUUUGUAGACUAAACCAAGUGACCAAUCUAACUCUAAAUCUCUCAAUCUAACUCGCUAAACAAUUUCAUCAAUAAUAUAAUUCCUGUUUCAAUUUAGUUAGCAAAUAUAAGGAAUGCACACUACAAGGCAUACAAUUCUUAUAAGUAAUAUACUACUACGAGUAUGAGCAAAAAAUUGUAAGAAUUUGUUCAUAAUUUUCAAAUUAGUUUAUUCUUACAAAUCUAUGUUGUCCACCUCAAAGUAAUCCCAAUUGACCCCAACACACUUGUGCAAACGUUUUUUCAAAUCCUAAAAACAGUUGUUAAAGUCAAUUUGCGGAAUAGCCUUCCCUGCGCGUAGCGAUUCACUUUUAAUGUCUUCAAUUGACUAAAAACGGUUUCCCAGGAGAGGUCGUUUGAAUUUGAUGAAUAGAAUCAGGCGAAUACGUUGGUUGCGGCGGCACGAUAUUGGUUGAAAAUUUGUUGAAAAACUCAGGAAGUAUCAAUGCAGUAUGCGAAUGUACAUUAUAGUGGUGCAAUAACCAAGAGUUGUCGGUCCAUAAAUCCGGCCGCAUUUAAGAAUAGCUUCACGCAAAGAACGCACAACACUCAAAUAGUAUUUCUUGCUGACUGUUGGCCGGUCGGAAUGAACUCGGAGUGCACCACACCUCGAUAACUGAAGAAAACUGUCAACGUAACCUUAACUUUUGACUGUUUUGACGUGAUUUUUUCGGCUUCAGCUCACCUUUGCCACGAUCUUCGGCCGAUUGAUCGUCUGUUUCCGUGACGUAAGCAUAUAUCCAAUAGUUAUCGCCAGUAACAAUACUUUUUAUUACAUCCUGGUAGUUGGAAAGCAUUGUUUCAAAGACGUUAACGCGACGCUGUAUUUCGAAAAAAUUGUGUUAUUUUGGAACCAAUAGUGCUUUCACAUUUCUUAGGCCCAAAUGGUUUUCACUGAUCCUUCCGAUAUUCUAACGAUGCCAGUUAUAUCUCUGACUGUUAAUAGUGUUAAUUCAAGCAAAAUCAAUUCCUUUAUUUUAUUGAAGUGUUGGUCAUUACUUGAUGUUGAUGGCCGUACUGGAUGCGGUUCGUCGCGGUCUCAUCCCUCUUUGAAUAUUUUGUACCAAUCUAAAACACUUGAUCGCGACAAACUAUUAUCAAAGAAGGCAUUUUUCAAUGUUCUGAAUGUUACGGCAUCAGAAAUUUUAUUCCCCACAAAUUUUAAUGGAACUUCUUUGUUGAAUAAUUCGACUCAUCGUAAAAAUUGCCGAAUGCACUUUAUGUAAUUCAGUUUCGGAAAAUUUUUUGCCCAAAAAUAGCUUAAGCUUUGUUAAGAGUCGUGCCUAUAAACUGAAACACGGUAUGUUAUCCAGCUGAAGUAAUACAUUAACGAAGUUUAGGGGGCUUGCAUUAAAUCUUUCAAAUUACGAUAGACGGGAGAAAAACGAGAGAGACUGCGAUUAUAACAUUUAUUUUCACAAUACUAUAUAAACAUUUUAGAGGACAUGACUUCUAUAAUAAUUAUGUUUGUGCAUCUGCUUCGUAAUGAAAUUCAGGAAAAAAUUUAUUUUCAUUAGUUCAGAAUGAAAUUGGAAUUUCUCAUCCUUUGUUUCAUAUUGCCUUCAUAUACCCCACAUAUUAAACUCCAAUUUGAUUUAGUUUAUAUCACACACAUAUAUCUUAUUUGAGUUAAUUUAGUUGAUCUUAAUAUAAAGAUUUCGGAAAACUAAAAUGUAGUAAUGAUACUUUGUUAAUUUACGAUUUAUAAUAAAAUUAAUUUAAAGUUCAAGAGGGAUAUGCUUGAUAUGAAGUGGUAUGGUACAAUUGUGUUGGUGGGGAAAAUUUGUUGUGAACGAGCCUUCAUUUUUUUUGUUAGGUUGGCAGGACAUCUGUUAAACAUAUUCAAUAACUUUACAGUCAUUGAACAAACAACAUCAUAUUUUUUCGUAUGGAAAAUGUCAAAUUUUGUACCAAAAAGAAAAUUGUGACAAAAAAGCACCCGGAAAUUGCUAUUAAAAUCACCAGGUAAAUGAUAUUUCAAAAAAAAGAAAUGUAUUUUACCAAUGUGGUAAGAUUGUCCUUAAUUGUUAUGCCAAAUAUGAGCGCGAUCUGUGAAGCAGUCGUUCUGGACGACCUUCGAUAUUUUCAACUAAUGAAUAUAUUAAAAAAGUGAAGGACAUGGUGCUUGAAAAUCAUCAGGCAAGGGCUAGAGAGAUGGCAAGAGAGCUCGACAUCUCUCGCGAGUCCGUUCAAAUGAUUUUGGUGGAUACUGCUGCAUUUUUUUUCAAAAAGGGUACCGUAAACAGGUCUCUUUGGACAUGCUUGAUCGCGUGAAUUCCGUUCACACAUUCAUGGAGACCAUUAUAACUGCCGAUGAGACAUGGGUUUAUGAGUUUGACAUGCAAACAAAUCAAAAAUCAUCGGUAUGGAGGGGGAAAAACGAGACGAAACCAAAAUAACCACGCCAAAGCCGCACAAAAAUCAAGGUGAUGCUUGUUUUUUUGAUAUUGAUGGUAUGGUCCAUCAUGAAUUUAUUCUGGAGGGACAUAUGGUCAAUAAGGCGUUCUAUUUGGCCCCUCAUUGUUUGCGUGAGAACAUCCGUUAGAAACGGUCAAAUUUGUGAAAAUAUUAUUCAUAGAUUUAAAGCCAAAAAUGCAAUGAAUACCAUCGAUCAACCACCGUAUUCACUAGAUUUGACUCCGUGUGAUUUUUUCGUGUUCCUCAAACUGAAAUUGCCGCUCCGUGAAACCUGUUUUCAGUCGAACGAAGAGAUAAAACAAAAUUCACUGAAGGAGCUGAAGGCCAUCACAAAAAGUGCUUAUGAAAAGUGUUUCAAGGACUGGAAAAAUCGUUGGCAUAAGUGUAUUACAUCUGGUGGAGAUUUCUUUGAAGGCGACACAAUAAACAUUGAUGAUUGACUUUUUGUCACAAUGUAUUAUUGAUUUUCUGUGAAUAGUUUUUUAUAGAUCAUUACUUUCGAUUUUCGAUUUUUUCUUUUUGGCUUUUGGUUUCUUAAUUUUUGAAUAUUGAGAAAAUGCUUUAAAGAGAUCUUGGAGUGAUCCUUUUCGAAUUAUGAAAAACAAAAUGAUUUCAAGUACUUUGCAUUUUUACUUUUAAAAAUAAUUAACAAAUUAAUUUUAUUUAGAAUGUUUGCGAUAAUAUUCAGAUAUUGUAAACAAAUAUGCCUAAUUUUCGCAAAUGAUUUUAAAUUUUUGAGAAUAAUAGCUUAAAAUGUUCAAUAUAAGUACACUUAAUUUCCAUUUAUAUUUGUUUCAAAGAGUCCAAAAUCCAAAAACUAACCAAAUUAAAGAAAUCAAAAAUGAUUUUAAAAUUAUUCUGUAUAUAUUAAACAUUUGAUUUAGUUAUUAUAAUUACUUAAUUCUAUUGUUAAAAAAUAUAUUUAAAUAUUUUAUAUCAGACUGUAUGAAUUAUAAGUUAAAUAAUAUUAUUAAAAGGCAAUUAUAACAUAUAUACGUGAUUUUAAAAAAACAAAAGUUGCAGGAUAGCUAACAGAUAAUAAAAAAAUAUUUAAUAAAAUACUAAUGAAUAAGAAUAUUAUGUAGCUUAAAAUUUUAUUUUUAUAUGUAUGCGAAUAUUUUGAAUUUCACACAUAAGCGUAUAUACAAAAACUAAAAAAAAGAUAUCUGAGAUAUAAAUUAAAUUAAUUUGUGGAAAUAAAAUUUACAAAACUUCACAAUUAUAUAUUUUGAAAAAUAAAAGAUAGUUAUUAGUGUAUUUGAGUGAUUUUUAUGAACAAAUUGAUAGAGUUCACAACUGAAUCAAAAAAACAAAAAGAAACAAAAUAAAAAAUUAAAACAAAAACAAAAUUGUGUUACACAAAAAUCAA